UUCUGCUUUUCCUUUUUGUAGGUGAUGACUGCAACGUCUUCCAAUGAGUGUGGGUUUUGCUUUUAGGAACCUGUGUUCGGAUUAUUCGAAAAUUGGAAUGUAUUGCUUGGUGAAAGCUAUUUUGCAUUGCAUAAGAAUGCUCCUGGCCACAUAACAUUUCAGCUGGGGAGAGCACAAACAGGUUAUCCAUUGAAUUAACAAACAUAAAUUUACGAACACUGUCCCUGUCUUACAACAGAAAUACAAUUGUUUUAUUGCGAAAGAAAUGAUGUCGCUAUCUGCAGGUGAUGCAUAUGAUCUGACCACAUUUCUUGUAUAAAUAAAAUUAUUGAUAUGGAAGAAAUACAAGUUGAUGCCGUUGAAUGGCUUUCAACGCUUAGACUCUUAGAAGAUGAAGUCUGCGCAACAGAACAUCAGAUAGAGGAGAAUAUGGAAUCUAACAACAUAUAUAAAAAAGCAUACAUGCUUUCUGUUGAAGCAUUCAGAACGGAUAUCAUAACUCGACUUGACGAGUUGGUGGAUAAAGCGAUAAUUGCGGGUAAAGACAAGUACACGGAAAACGAUGAUACCCUAAAUAAACUAUUAAACAAAUGUAAGGAUAAUAAAGAUACCAUUCUCAAAAAGAAACAUAUUAUAAAGGACUUGUCGCAAAAAAAGCAGCAUCCUGAGUUGAACAUUAUAUCGAAAACACUGAAGAAUGAAUUGCAGGGCAUAACUGCUUUAAUUAGACAAUAUUCUUUCGAAAACCGUAUUGUAAAAUUCAGCUUUGAAAACAAUUCUGAGCUUCAUGCGUUUCUUCUGAAAGAAACCCAAGACAUCGGCACGCUUCAAGAAAUAUGCGAAGAAAGUGAUGAAGUGGUCGAUGAUGAAGUAGUCGAUGAUGAAGGGGCCGAUGAUGAAGCGGCCGAUGAUACGCCUCAUUCAUCGAAAGUUGCCUUAAUGAAGUCAAAGGCGCCUCGUCCACUUCCAAGAAAAAGUGUUCUUAAACAAUCAAGAACCAUACUAAGCAACCAAAUGGAAGCAUGUGGGCUCAACAACGACGAUAUUCUACUUGAAACCCGAAUUUGCAAAAUACACAAUUCAGAGGGUUGUUUUGAACUUUAUCGGGGCGUGCUUAGGCCAUCAGGAAGAUACGUCACAAUUAAAACUUGCUUAGACACUAUGUCAAAAGAACAGGAAAAUUCGCUUGUGAGAGAGGGACAACUUAUCAUGCAAUUCGACCACCCAAACAUCGUGAAGUUUAUUGGUAUUGCUGAACAAAGAAAACCUUGUAUGCUGAUAAUGGAGAACUUUUCAGGUGGCAUCCUAUUGACACACCUUCAAACAGACGGAGAGAACAUGACACCUGUACAGAAAGCAAAAAUGUGUCUUGACGUUGCCAACGGCAUGAUGUACCUUUCAGAGAGAAAAUGUAUUCACAGGGACAUCGCAGCGAGAAACUGUCUGCUUUAUGAUAAGAAUAUCGUUAAGAUCUCCGAGUUUGGAAGCUCGAAAGUGGGGGACGAGUACAAACCAGAAGAAUUGGUGUUUAUCCCUGUUAAAUGGACCGCACCAGAGGUCUUUGAUAACGAAAAGUACACGACAAUGUGCGAUGUCUGGAGCUACGGUGUUAUGAUGUGGGAGAUCUUUUCGAAUGGUCUAACGCCGUAUCCUGGAAUGACGCUCGCUGAAUGUCAAGUAAAAGUAAUAAAAGGAUUCAGGAUGCCAACACCACAAAACACACCACAAGGUAUACAUAAACUGAUGCAAAGGUGUUGGGACGCCAACCCAUUGACAAGAAUAUCCUUUAAAGAAAUGUAUACAUGUCUUGAAACUGUUGUUGGAUCUCCAUCGCAGAACGAGCUCUUGAAUUAACGUAUGACCAUGCGGAUUUUUAGGGAGGUGUAGAGUUGUGAGAUAUAAUAUCACGGGCUCUAAAUAUCGAAAAUUGUAGGAAAGGUCAGGUAGUCUUCUAAGAAUAUCAGGUGUUAGCAGAACAGUUAAACAACUAUGUUACAGUUUGCAACUACUAUCAAUGAUUAAAAUGUCGAAAGUGUUUUCAUGCGGAUGGUUUUUGUAAAACAUAUAGAAGGUGUAUGCAAAACACGUCAUAAGUAAAUAUAUUUUAAACAUACGCAUUAGGUAUUUUAAUCACAUAAACGCUGUACAUGUAUUUCAAACAUGUAUAUACAUGUAUUUCAAUCAUGUAUAUACUUGUACAUAUGACAAUGACAAGUAUAUAAAGAAAGUCAAACAAGAACGAAUUUACUAUAUCACAUAUUAUAAUAUUCAAACAUUUAUUUGAAACAUGUAAUAAAAUAUCCUUGAAAAACAAUGAUUGAUUUACAUAUUUACAUAUGUUAGUUAUCAAAACUAAUAACACAUGUAGUCCUUUUUUGUUCAUGCACACUGAAAUGAGCAACACUUUCGCGUCUGGAAGAGGUUCGGAAAGCGAACGUUGCUUUUGUUUUGAUGUACAUUUCUUAAAAAAGUAUUGUUCGUAUGGACGUGUUUCUAAGUUUAAUAAGCCUCAUUUUCACUGGUCAGUAUUUUUGAAAUAUAAGUAGUAAGCCUUUUGAAAGAUGUCGGUUUUCCAAGCGUUGUUAUUAGCAUUUGAUUUCAUGUCUUCGACAUUUUUUUGAAAAUAUUGUAUUUAUUAUUUUUAUUUAUUUAACAUUAGUAAGUACUAUAUUUUUUAAACACCGUCAGACAACAUAGAAAAAGGUAAUACUAUGGAUCAAUAUGUUAUAUAAAACAAAUAGUUAUGCACAACUGCAAACGUAAAAACAAUUAUAGUUAUUGUUCUUUGUUUUUUUAUUGUAUUUAAGCACUUAAAUUAAUGUAAUUAUAUGAAACAAUGAAACACGAAUUAGUGCUUAUUGUUUCCUAAUCAAUGUCUAUCUUGUUAUGCAUAGUUUAAUGUUACGAAAGCGCUUCAAGCAUGUUGUUCAAGCGAAAGUUAUUGCAACGUUUACAACAGAAGUAUCACACAGCUUUAACAUUUACAGAAAUUAAACGAUUUAUAAUAACCAAAUCGUUGGCAUUGUGUUUGUAUUAUUAUCACCUUCUUCAAUCUGCAUUUAAUACAUGAAUUAUGUUUUGAAACAUUUUGUUAUUGAGCUAAUUGAAAGGUGAAUGGUGAGAUAAUGAAAUACAUGUUCGUUAAGAUGUCGCUGAUGUCUGUAUUGUGAUUUAGCAUUUCUAGCAAUAUCCAGAGUUUUGCGUUACGGUCUUAGAGAUGGUUUAUGUGAAUAAUGAUGCUUGUUUUUUUAUUGAUUUUCUCUUGCUUUGCAUAACUUAAAGCUUAUAGUAUAUUUGAUUGGUAUUUUUAGAGCGUUUAAUAAAUAUAGUUUCAUAUAAAGACUGCUGUGUUUCUGUAUGCAUUGUUGUAAAUGAUAAUGUAUUUACUAUUUGUAUGCCUCUCAACAUCACUCUGGUCUUUCGAAAUACUUAGACAGGUUCAAUAGUAAUAAAAAAAAAGUUUGACAAUAAUUUGCUCGCUGUAUAUUUACUUUCUCAGAAACGUUUCGUAGUUAAAAAAUAGUUGGAUUAAUAUAGUACAUGUAUUAUCUAUAUUUCAAUUAUAUACGCACAAAACGCAUACACAUCGUAAUGCUACACAGAAUGCAGCUUUUUGUCGUUUAACAUUUGGAAUUUGAUUAAAAUUUAUGAUCAACCAUCGCACAGGUGGAAGUGACGUACCCUGGAUAGUAUAUGGGCCCAGGAGCCCAGUAUAUUCAAAUAAAUAUAUAAAAUCAUGUUUAAUGAGAGAAAAAAUGACAAAGAGCCAUGAAAAAUCCCCACCCUCUGGUAUUGGACUAAUAACAAGGUCAUUUACUAUAAUUUAUCA